CCCUGUCCGCUUCGCUCCGCUCUGCCCUCGGUAUAGAGCACUGACCGGCCGCGCUCCGCGUCGCGUCGCUCCGCUCCGUGUCCGCUCCGGCACAGCGCAGAGCACUCACCGGCGGAUCGGUCGUGUCGCGAACAUGGCGGCUAUCAGUAAAUAUCUGACAGCUAAAAACUCUUCCAUAGGAGCCGGGGUUCUGUUUGUUUUGUACUUGCUCAGACAGAGGAGACGGGCGACCAGACGGCACAGACAAGGGUCCACAGAGCUCCUCCUGAGCGCAGAGAAAGAUGUGCGUAAGGACAAGGCCGUCGUGGACAGAGUGUUCUUCCUCAGGAUACUGCGGAUUCUGCGGAUCAUGGUACCCAGGCUCUUCUGCAUGGAGACUGGGUAUCUGAUCCUCAUCGCUGCCAUGCUGGUGGCCCGCACAUACUGUGACGUGUGGAUGAUCCAGAACGGGACCAUGAUAGAAAGUGCAAUUAUUGGCCGCUCCACGAGAGACUUCAAGAGCUUCCUCUUCAGCUUCAUCAAGUUCAUGCCGGUGAUCGCCUUAGUGAACAACUUUCUGAAACUGGGCCUGAAUGAGCUAAAGCUGCGAUUCAGGGAGAGACUCACCAAGAACCUGUACGACCAGUACCUUCAAGGGUACACUUACUACAAAAUGGGAAACCUGGACAACCGGAUCGCAAAUGCCGACCAGCUGCUCACACAGGAUGUGGAGAAGUUCUGCAACAGUGUGGUGGACCUCUACUCCAACCUCAGCAAGCCGCUGUUGGACAUUGGCCUGUACAUUUUCAAACUCACAAGUGCCAUUGGAGCUCAGGGCCCUGCGAUCAUGAUGGCCUACCUACUGGUGUCAGGCCUGUUCCUCACCAGGCUCAGGAGACCCAUAGGAAAGAUGACCGUGACAGAGCAGAGGUAUGAGGGAGAGUACCGCUAUGUCAACUCCCGCCUUAUCACCAACAGUGAGGAGAUCGCUUUCUACAAUGGGAACAUAAGGGAGAAGCAGACCAUCCACAGCACCUUCAAGAAGCUGGUGGACCACUUACACGCCUUCAUCUUCUUCCGCUUCUCCAUGGGCUUUGUGGACAGCAUCAUUGCCAAAUACAUAGCCACAGUGGUGGGGUACCUGGUGGUGAGUCGACCCUUCCUGAACUUAUCGGACCCUCGGCACCUGCACAGCACGCACUCUGAGCUGCUGGAGGACUACUACCAGAGUGGGCGCAUGCUGCUUCGGAUGUCCCAGGCCCUGGGCAGAAUUGUCCUGGCAGGCAGAGAGAUGACCCGUCUCUCUGGGUUCACCGCGCGCAUCACAGAGCUCAUGAAGGUGCUGAAGGAGCUGAAUGCUGGCAAAUACGAGCGCACCAUGGUCCAACAGGACAGAGAGUCUGACACCUCCCAGAAGAUAGCGUUGGUGCCAGGCAACGGCCGAGUCAUCAACCAGGACAACAUCAUCAAGUUUGAGCACACGCCGUUAGCCACGCCCAACGGAGACAUCCUCAUCAGAGACCUGUCCUUUGAGGUGCGGUCUGGGGCCAACGUGCUGGUGUGUGGACCAAACGGCUGUGGGAAGAGCUCCCUGUUCAGAGUGCUCGGAGAGUUGUGGCCUUUGUUUGGAGGAGAGCUGACCAAACCAGAGAGAGGAAAGCUCUUCUAUGUCCCACAGAGACCGUACAUGACGCUGGGAUCACUGAGGGACCAGGUCAUAUAUCCUGACACACAGGAGCAGCAGAGGAGGAAGGGCAUCUCAGACCAGGUUCUGAAGCAGUACCUGGACAACGUGCAGCUGGGGCACAUCCUGGACAGAGAGGGCAGCUGGGACUCUGUGCAGGACUGGAUGGACGUGCUGAGUGGAGGAGAGAAGCAGAGGAUGGCUAUGGCCCGGCUUUUCUAUCACAAGCCUCAGUUUGCUAUUCUGGAUGAGUGCACCAGUGCUGUGAGUGUGGACGUGGAGGACUUCAUCUACAGCCACUGUCGCACGGUGGGCAUCACCCUGUUCACAGUGUCCCACAGAAAGUCUCUGUGGAAGCACCACGAGUACUACCUCCACAUGGACGGCAGAGGGAACUACGAGUUCAAGCCCAUCACGGAGGAGACGGUGGAGUUUGGCUCUUAACCCUGUCCCCUGCUCUGGUCCAGUCCGCUGCUUUGCACUCACAUGUGGACAAUAAACACGUCCUUUUAAUCAGCUCUCCUUCAGUCUCUCACCGCGCUGAGGGCUAGUCCAACAUUACCUGUGUCUGAUUCUGUUAGGCAGCGGCCUGUGUCUCUGCUGUCCACAGUCAGCAUCCACACUACUGCAGGUUUCCAUGGCAGUAUGGGAGGGCAUCAGGCAUGUGUCUCAGUGCUGCCUCCCACUGGGCUCAAAUGGCAUUAGCAAAACAAUGAGCUACAACAAUAAUUCUACCAGAUCAUUUUGACUAUUAGUUCAGUUAAAUAAUGUUUAUAAGGAAAUUUGUGUCAAACUACAGUAACUGGCAAGGAUCAAAAUGAGGCAAGAUGUGUAUGAAAUCAUCAUGUGUGGCCAUUUUACAUCAAGUGAUACUUGGCAGUGACAUGACGCUGGAGGAGUGGUCAGCUGGCACCGUAGCGACACCAUGCAGGCAUUAAGUUUUUCUAAACAACACAUUCAGUAGCCUGUGCUGUUUAUUAGUUUGUUUUUUUGAAAAAAAUUAUUGUUUGUAACUGUUGACUGUAAGUUAUUGGUGAAGCACUUUUUCAUCAGAUUGCAUUAAAACAAAGCUCAGAUUAAACAAAACGUCAGAGAAAGAAGUGCCUCUAGUUAGCUUUAACUCCCUCCUAUCCUCCAGGGAAUGUUGAUGAUAUCAUUUAAUAUCAAUUAUCAAUGAAUAUAUAUUGCUUCUGAACACUCAAAAGAUACUUUACAGAUCAUUCUUCAUUUCACUCUACACUCUGACCACCACCAUCACUCGCGCACACACCAUGUGGGUGAAGUGCUUUGCCUAAGGACACAACAACAGUUUUUUGCCCCCCUGUGAGACCUGAUUUUCCCAGUGGUCUCCCAUCCAAAUACUGACCAGGCUUGGCCCUGUUGAGCUUCUGAAAUGUGACGAGAUCAGACUUUUACAAGCUGGUAUGGCCACGUACCAGCUUUUAGGUUUUAGGUGUUUAGGUUCUAAGUGUUUCUUGGAGGUUGGGGAUUCACUCACUGACAAAACCCAACACAAUAAAUAAACAUAGUGGAACAAAAUGGUGAAAGUUCAGACACAGAAGGCACUUGUGCACAAAACUGGUGCCAAAUAGUAGUACUGUAUUCAUUUUACACUGUAUUUUUAUAUUUCAUGAUAUUUGAGGUGAGUGAAGUAUCUUGCACAAGAGCACAGUGGCAGUAUGCAGUGAUCCAAACUAGAGUCAAACCGCCAACCUCAGGAGUGGUUAUAGGUCUAAGCAGUGCCUCACUGCUGCUAGCGCCCCCUACUGCUGUGGAAACCUACCAGUCUCAUGAUGGACAAAAUGGAGGAAACUGGGUUGAAAUUAAUUUAUAGAAUGUUAUUGUAAUUUUGUAGGAUUACGAAUUGUUGAACAUAAAGUGUUCAAUCUGACCAAGCUCUGUUUGACAAAUGCCAAAAGAAAUCAGUGUUUGGAUUCACCCAACUUGCAAUUUUGUGAGAAUUAUUUGCCCGAUCAUGUUUCUUACAAAAUUGUGAUUUGUGAGUUUUAGAUUAUAACGGUUGUACUUUUUAACGCAGUACGUUUUAACCCACAAUGUCUCUCAUACACUCAUUAAAUAAUGUCAAAACUGUUGGUUAUUAGGGGUUAUUUGAAUGGAAGAUUCUAGAUUAGAAGUUUCAUGUUCUGUUUGUCAUGUAUGUUUAUGUAACUGUUAACACGAGUGGGACUAUGGGCUUGUGUGAAAUCUUCCACAGCAGACCUUGGCCAAAAUCAUGUGUUCAUAAUCCUGCUCUUCUGAUCAGACUGAAAUAAAAUACUACAUUUGACUACA